UUUGUUUUUUUUUUUUUAACUCGAGCUAUUUUGUUUUCACCUUCAGAAACAAGCAGUUCACAGAGUCCAAACUUCAACAAGUGCCACACCAAAGUCCUUUCACUCUCGAACAAAGCAAUUGUAAGUUGGUCAGGCAAUGUCAAAAAGUUGACACCGGAUUUAUAUUCUGGGAUCUGUUUUGGGAAGUUUUAUCACUACAGCCCAAUCGCCAUCUUGUGCUGGAACAAAACUACCGAGACAUUCAGCUUUUUGAGCCAGUAUGAUGAUCAAAACUUUAAGAACCCCCAGGUAAAGAUAGAUGAUGAUGGCGGCGGCAUUGAGGUGUCUGUGGAGGUGCCAUUGGCGAGAAAUACUGGUCAGACAGUGUUUUGGGACGUACAGUGGGUUGGAAUGCACAACAGAGUUAUAGAUGAAAUGCUUUUCUGUUUCUACAAAGUUGGUAAGCGAGUAGGCAUACUGCAUGCAUAAUAUGGGUACCGCGGGACCACUUCCUAAGGGGAUACAUAUGGCUGGGAUGUAAGUGAACUUAGUCUACUGUUCUGCAGAGAAUGACCUAAACUCUCCGGCCUACAUUUAACACCCAGAGACUGAGGAAAUUGUCUUGUUAGUUACUAAGUAAGUAAUCGGUUUUAUCAAUAACAGGCUUAACCCUUAUCUUACCUUUGCCUGUCAAAAUAUGGGAAUUAGCCUUUGUUUUUAUUUAACGAGCCUUGAUUAAGUUUUGUUUUGAAGGUCACUUAAAAAGUAACUACGCAAAAUCUUCUUCUUCUUCUCAUUAAAUUUUCUUUUGUUGCCCUGCACCAGAAUGACUGAAAGGGCUUUGCAAAGAGAAUGUUAGCUUCCAAGAUAGCAGCGAGUGUCUACGUUCAAAAGUUCGAAACAAAAUCUAAGAACAACACUUAAGAUCAGCUUCGGUAUUUGCGUUACUGAUAGUAGAACUGCUUCUUUCUACCAAUAUCAGCACUGCAAUGGAACAAAUAUUCAACAACAACAACAAGUGCUUUAUUUGUAUGACCAUAAAGGAAUUACAGUAUUGCAAAAGCUAAAUUUAAGAACUAAUUCAACUAAUUAGUACGUGCAAUACAAAACGUUCAGUGUCGCCAGCUAUUUAAUCAUUCCAUUUACACGUUUUAUCAUUAUCAAAAUGAAAAAGUUUAAUUUACUCCUCUUAUCAUUUUAGAAAGUCCUGGUUGUGGCAGUAAAGUGCAAAAGACAGUUUUGGGCACAAAAACAAAACCAGGGGGGUGGCCCUGGCAAGUGUCAAUAAAACACCAAUCCCAAGGGCACUGGUGUGGAGGGUCGGUUAUAGACCAGCGAUGGAUCAUAACAGCCGCACAUUGCUUCGAUGGACAAGAUCACAAAGACUUCACUGUCGUUGCAGGUAGGUAGAAAAACAAUCUAAAUAAUAAUAAUAGUAGUAAUAAUAGUAAUGAUAAUAAUGAUACGCAGGAAGAACAUACAGACCUAUUCGGCUAACUCAAUGAUGUACCCAAUUCAAACCCUUUGGGAAUAAAACUCUUUGUGUCAGGAAUUUCCAUAUCAUUUAAAUGUGAAUGCAACAUUAUAAUGCAAAUACAGUACACAAAGAAUCUUAACCCCGGGGGAUUUGAAUUGGGUACAACAUUAAGUCAGCCAAAUAGGUCUAUUGCUGGUUUACACGUGACGUCACGGCGGCCAUGUUGGUGGUCAUUUCAACUUCUAUUUUCAUCUUCGAAAAUAUUCUUUUGUUUUGAAACAUUAAUAAACAAGAAUUGACAUUUCAUAUACAUCAUUAUAUACAUAUACUAAGUUGAAUUUCCCUCGACAUUGACGUGCAGUUUUUUGAAAACUAUUGCAAAUGAUGACAAAUCAUCAAGCUCGAUCCCAGGCGCUCCCUAAGAGAUGACAAAUCAUCAAGCCUGAUCCCAGGCGCUCCCUAAGAGAGACACUGAAGGGCUUUUCUCCUGACUCGUCCCUAAUCCUCUCUUUUUAUUUGUAAGCGCCCACAGGAUAGUCGUAGGAGACUAUGACGUCAUUCGGGGAAGGAAACGAUGGGAAGGAGACAGGGAAAAGAAAACUUCCUAUUUCCUUCGCGCGUAUCUUCCUCGCCUUUUCCGCAUUAAUAUUCAAUUAAGAGAUAAAAGGACCACUUGGGACAUAUUCCCUUAGAAAUUGAUUUGGAGGAGCGGGAAAAGGCCGGCUGCUUCCGGAAAAACCUGGCUGGCUUCGUGACAGUGCAUAUAACAUGUCAUACACGUCCAAAAAACCUUUAACCACCACUUCCAUAUUUGUUUUUCCCUUAAACUAGGUGACCACCAUCUCAAUACCUCUGAUGGAUUCGAGCAAGACAUUUUUAUACGAGGACUCUACAAACAUCCUCGACACAACAUAAACAGUAUUUAUAAUUACGAUGUGGCAUUACUGAAGCUGAACACAACUCUACAAUACAAUGACCGAGUUCUACCCGUCUGCCUUCCAAAAACAGACUUUGCUACGGGGUGGAAGUGUUUCGUGACUGGUUGGGGAAAAUAUGGGAAAUGGAGUACUAAACAGAACUUCAAGGUAUCAAAUUUUGUUUUGCCUUGAGCAUAAUAUUUGUCUUUUACCCACAUUUCCCUUGAGUGCACCCCACUCUCUCUCUCUCUCUCUCUUGUAAUUAUUUCCUGUCAGUCUUUGAGAUAUUUCUUUGUCUUCUGCUCAGGUUUUGAAGCAAGCCAAACUUCCUCUGGUGUCACGUAUUACUUGCAAAAGAAGAUACAGGAACUGGCAUUCUUUUGGUUAUCGGGUCACAAAACGCAUGCGUUGUGCUGGUUACCCUAAGGGAGGAGAUAGUGUGUGUAACAGCGACGUUGGAGGGCCCCUCGUGUGUGAAAAAAACCGAAAGUGGUACUUAAUGGGUGUGGCCAGUUGGAGUGCUGGGUGUGGACGUUACGAGGGGUAUGGCGUGUAUGCGGAUGUGUUGAAGCUCAAGAAAUGGAUUCGAAAAACAAUACAAUAUUCACAGUGA